GUGACACGGGCGCGAUCGAGGCGGGUCCCGUGGCGGCGCCCCCUCCCACAGCGGCGUCCACGACUAAGAGGAAGCGGCGCCUUGCGGAUCUAACAGCUGAGGAGAGUUUUUGAGAGCUCCUCGGUCUUGAGAGGGAGGUUUUGUGAAUGCGGCUUCUUUUAAGUGGUCUCUUCCAUUGCAGAUAAACGAGAUUGUGGCACUGAGAGGGAAAAUGCCUCAGACUGUUGUGGGGAAGCGAUUUGGCAUUGAGCAAACGGAGGUUAGUGCCAUCCAGCGCUUGCAAAGAGCCAAGACUGCUCGGCUUCUCGAGGACCAAGAGAAGAAGAAUCCUAUCAAGAGAGUGAAGAAUGUGGAAUUAUCAGUUCCAAUAGCGUAUGGUACCAUAUCUUUCUGGCUGGGGAAGAAAGCAGACGACUUGCAUUCUCAUAAAUGGACCGUGUACAUCCGUAGUGCCACCAAUGAAGACUUAGGACCAAUUAUCAGCAAAGUGGUGUUUCAGCUACACCCGAGCUUUAACAAUCCAACUCGAGUUGUGGAAUCAGCUCCAUUUGAGCUAAGCGAAUCGGGAUGGGGGGAGUUUGAGAUCAGCAUGACUGUGUUUUUCCAAAAAGAUGCGGCUGAGAAGACGCUCGAGCUGUUUCACCACUUGAAGUUGUACCACGAAGAUGACAAUGCUCCACAGAGCACGAAAAAGCCUGUGGUUGUGGAGUCGUAUGACGAGCUGGUGUUCCAAGAGCCGACGGAAGCGUUCUACUCGAGGGUGAAAAACCUCCCGGCAGUUCAUGUGAAUGGCUCGCCAGGCGAGCUCAAUGUCUCGUCGGGUGCUCUAGAAAUCUCAAACGAGAGGAAACGAGGAGACACCAAAGAUCAUCAGCUCGGCCAAUGGUUUGGCAAGUACUCGGAAACGGAUGAGUUAACGUCGAUCAUGGGGGCUCGACAACAGGUACAAAAAGAGAUCGCGAAGUUGAAAAGUAUGCUUGAUUCUGAAGCAAUGAAACUCAAGCCGAGCGCUCCUUAGAUGUUUUCCAAACAGGAUUAUAGUUCGACUUAGCCCGUGGUAAAAGUUCUAGCUACUCUCCUCGGAAAAUGUAUCAGUGCUCUCGAGAGGCUUAAGAACAGGUCCCGGAAUUACAAUAUCUUUCAAAGAUUGUUGUUACUGGACUGGAGUUCGCUGUUUAAUGCAAUAGAAUUGCUAAGAUGUUUGCAUCC